GUGUGACUUGGAACAGCAACACUUCCUUCUAAGCUAGAAUAUUUUUGUCUGGAUCCAUUGCCGGUUCAAUAUGAGCCAACCCUGAGCGUCUGAGUUUCCUUGUCUCGCUGAGCUUAGACUGUGUAUAUCCACAAAGUUCCGUCCAGCGAGGGCUUGCAGGUGCAUUAGUUCUUUCUGUUUUUGUUUGUGAGGAAGGGGGCGGCCACAGAGCCCGUGACGAACAGGAUCCAGAGUCUUACAAGUGCAUGCUUGGGGAUUCUGACCAGACAGUGUUUUUGUAAGAGGACAAAGCUACUUAGUCCCAGUCAUGAGGAAACCCAGUCACAUAGGGCAUGGAGCUGGAGAACUAUGAACAAGCAGUGGUGCUAAGAGAGGACAACCUCCGCCGGCGCCGGAGGAUGAAGCCCCGCAGCGCAACUGGCAGCCUGUCAUCCAUGGAGCUCAUCCCCAUUGAGUUCGUACUGCCCACCAGCCAGCGAAUCUGCAAGACUCCAGAAACAGCGCUGCUGCAUGUGGCUGGCCAUGGCAAUGUGGAGCAGAUGAAGGCUCAGGUGUGGCUACGCGUACUGGAGACCAGUGUGGCUGCGGAAUUCUACCACCGAUUGGGCCCGGACCAGUUCCUCCUGCUCUACCAGAAGAAGGGACAAUGGUAUGAGAUCUACGACAGGUACCAGGUGGUGCAGACCCUAGACUGCCUACGUUACUGGAAGAUGAUGCACAAGAGCCCUGGCCAGAUCCACGUGGUACAGCGACACGUACCUUCUGAGGAGACCCUGGCUUUCCAGAAGCAGCUCACCUCUCUGAUUGGCUAUGACGUCACUGACAUCAGCAAUGUGCACGAUGAUGAGUUAGAGUUCACUCGCCGCCGUCUGGUUACUCCCCGCAUGGAGGAGGUGGCUAGCCGGGAUGCCAAACUCUAUGCUAUGCACCCUUGGGUGACAUCCAAACCUCUCCCAGAGUAUCUGUCCAAAAAGAUUGCCAACAACUGUAUCUUCAUCGUCAUCCACCGCGGUACCACCAGUCAAACCAUCAAGGUCUCCGCAGAUGAUACUCCUGGCGCCAUCCUCCACAGCUUCUUCACCAAAAUGGCCAAGAAGAAGUCCCUAAUGAAUAUCCCAGAAAGUCAAAGUGAGCAGGAUUUUGUGCUGCGGGUCUGUGGCCGCGAUGAGUACCUGGUGGGUGAAACGCCCCUCAAAAAUUUCCAGUGGGUAAGGCAGUGCCUCAAGAAUGGAGAUGAAAUACACCUGGUGCUCGACACACCUCCAGACCCAGCCCUUGAUGAGGUGAGGAACGAAGAAUGGCCCCUGGUGGAUGACUGCACUGGAGUCACCGGCUACCACGAGCAGCUGACCAUCCACGGCAAGGACCACGAGAGCGUGUUCACGGUGUCUUUGUGGGACUGUGACCGAAAGUUCAGGGUCAAGAUCAGAGGCAUUGAUAUCCCUGUCCUGCCUCGAAACACUGACCUCACUGUUUUUGUGGAAGCGAACAUACAGCACGGGCAACAAGUCCUUUGCCAAAGGAGAACCAGCCCUAAGCCUUUUACAGAAGAGGUGCUCUGGAAUGUGUGGCUAGAGUUUGGCAUCAAAAUCAAAGACUUGCCCAAAGGGGCCCUAUUGAACCUACAGAUCUACUGCUGCAAAACCCCACCACUGUCCAGCAAGGUUUCUGCGGAGACAUCAAGUUCAGAGUCCAAGGGCAAAGCCCAGCUUCUCUAUUAUGUGAACUUGCUGUUAAUAGACCACCGUUUCCUCCUCCGCCACGGGGACUACGUGCUCCACAUGUGGCAGAUAUCUGGGAAGGCAGAGGAGCAGGGCAGCUUCAAUGCUGACAAGCUCACAUCCGCAACCAAUCCCGACAAGGAGAAUUCAAUGUCCAUUUCCAUCCUGCUGGACAACUACUGCCACCCCAUAGCCUUGCCUAAGCACCAGCCCACCCCUGACCCAGAGGGAGACAGGGUUCGAGCCGAAAUGCCCAAUCAGCUUCGAAAGCAAUUGGAGGCAAUCAUAGCCACAGAUCCACUUAACCCCCUCACAGCCGAGGACAAAGAAUUGCUUUGGCAUUUUCGAUAUGAAAGCCUGAAGCAUCCGAAGGCAUAUCCUAAGCUGUUCAGCUCAGUGAAAUGGGGACAGCAAGAAAUUGUUGCCAAAACCUACCAGCUGCUAGCCAGAAGGGAGAUCUGGGAUCAAAGUGCUUUGGACGUUGGCUUAACCAUGCAGCUCCUGGACUGCAACUUCUCAGACGAAAACGUAAGGGCCAUUGCAGUUCAGAAGCUGGAGGGCUUGGAGGACGAUGACGUUUUACAUUACCUUCUCCAGCUGGUGCAGGCUGUGAAAUUUGAACCCUACCAUGACAGUGCGCUGGCCAGAUUCCUGCUGAAACGUGGCUUGAGAAACAAAAGAAUCGGUCACUUCUUGUUCUGGUUCCUGCGAAGUGAGAUAGCCCAGUCCAGACACUAUCAGCAGAGGUUCGCUGUGAUCCUGGAGGCGUACCUCCGGGGCUGUGGCACAGCCAUGCUACAGGACUUCACACAGCAGGUCCACGUGAUUGAGAUGUUACAGAAAGUCACCAUUGAGAUUAAAUCGCUCUCGGCUGAAAAGUAUGAUGUCAGUUCCCAAGUUAUUUCACAGCUUAAGCAAAAGCUUGAAAGCCUGCAGAAUUCCAAUCUCCCUGAGAGCUUUAGAGUUCCCUAUGACCCUGGACUGAAAGCCGGUACUCUGGUGGUUGAGAAAUGUAAAGUGAUGGCCUCCAAGAAGAAGCCCCUGUGGCUUGAGUUUAAAUGUGCUGAUCCUACAGUCCUAUCUAACGAAACCAUUGGAAUCAUCUUUAAACAUGGUGAUGAUCUCCGCCAAGACAUGUUGAUCUUACAGAUCCUACGCAUCAUGGAGUCCAUCUGGGAGACUGAAUCUCUGGACCUGUGCCUUCUGCCUUACGGUUGUAUCUCAACUGGUGACAAAAUAGGAAUGAUUGAGAUUGUGAAGGACGCCACAACGAUCGCUCAAAUUCAGCAAAGCACAGUGGGUAACACAGGAGCGUUCAAGGAUGAGGUCCUGAAUCACUGGCUCAAGGAAAAAUGCCCUAUUGAAGAAAAGUUUCAGGCCGCAGUGGAAAGGUUUGUUUACUCCUGUGCAGGCUACUGUGUGGCCACGUUUGUUCUCGGGAUAGGUGACAGGCACAACGACAACAUUAUGAUCUCAGAAACAGGAAACCUAUUUCAUAUAGACUUUGGACACAUUCUUGGGAAUUACAAGAGUUUUCUGGGCAUUAAUAAAGAGAGAGUGCCAUUUGUCCUAACCCCAGACUUCUUGUUUGUGAUGGGAACUUCUGGCAAAAAGACAAGUCCACACUUCCAGAAAUUCCAGGAUGUCUGCGUCAGGGCUUAUCUAGCUCUUCGCCACCACACGAACCUGCUGAUCAUCUUGUUCUCCAUGAUGCUGAUGACAGGAAUGCCUCAGCUGACAAGUAAAGAGGACAUUGAAUACAUCCGGGAUGCCCUCACGGUGGGGAGAAGCGAGGAGGACGCUAAGAAGUAUUUCCUUGACCAGAUUGAAGUGUGCAGAGACAAAGGAUGGACUGUGCAGUUUAACUGGUUCCUACAUCUUGUGCUUGGCAUCAAACAAGGAGAGAAACACUCCGCGUGAUACUUGGUGCUUGGGCCCAAAGCAAUUUGGUGUUCUAAAGCUUUUAAAUCAGCAUGUCAGUCAUCAGACUUAAAUUUAAAAUGCAAUAGGACUCUCUGAACACUGCAUUUCAGAAAUUCAGCUCUUUCCCCAGUUGAACUCUUCACCGAAGAAAGAAAUGUUGACAUUACUGAUGGUUUGGUUAAUAUUCAGUGUGAGGCUUCUCUGCUGCUUUUUCCCCUUCUCAGUCUCCAUGAUGUUGAAGAAUAUGCUAAGUUUAAAUAGCUUAGAACAUUCUUGCUUAGUAUGCCUGGUGAUCUUCUAUUGAGUAUCUUUGAAAGUUCUUUAGUUAGAAUAAUUGGUGAUACCUGUUGUCACGAGUGUUCACCAUGUAUUUUGGCUCUCCUUGUGUUCUUUAAACUCUUGGCAGAAAAGGGCGCAAGCAUUGCUAAGCUCCACUGCACUUUUUAAAAGAUGUUUCUAAGCAUUCCCUCUGUGCCCACAGAUGUUGGUGAUGUGCUAGAAGCAAGGUGUGCAAAUUAGCUUUCAGAGUACCAGAGUACUGUCAGCAGUGUCUCCCACAGUCUACCACUGAGAUGCCCAGACACUGAACACAAACUCUGAGUCUCAGACUUAACCCUCCCCAGUUGCUGUGGCUCUAGGUUUAUAAAAAGUGGAGGUAAGAUCUUUUACCAAGGAUGAAUAGCCUAAUACAGCCAGUGACAUCUUCUCCAGCCCAGAAACAGGAAGUCACUAACUGGACCCUUGGGUACCUACAAAUGUCAUCUUUCCCUCUUGCUCUGCCCUCCUUACCCCGCCUCACCACUUCCUUUACUUCUUCCCAGACUCGUAGAAUCUUCAAAGACAGCUCAAAACGACUUGAAGAAGAAGGUCUACUCUAGGCUCCUGAGAACUACAGGUGCUUAUUUGUGGAGCUGCUCCAUGGAUUUUAAAGAAGCAUAUUAUAUUAAAAGAAGAGUUCCAGGAAAUAAUAGUUUCUAAAUGCUUUAAUUUUAUUUUUUAAACCUAAAAGGUUUUUUCUUUAUUUUUUAAUAGAAGAUAUCUGCUAACAAAUGUAUUCUAAGCCUAUAACAAUACUUAUUUACAUAUUCAUGUUUUCAGCUUAAAGGACUUUUAAAUUUUGAGGCAUCCCAGAGUUCAUAAAGAAAAUCGAAUGAAUUUCCUUUGAAGUACUUUUUCAUUUCUUUAUUUUAUACUGUUUGUUAUCAAUGUUGAUCCACCUUCCCACCUUUGAGAGGAAUCAGUAUGUUAUUUAAUCAAAUAUCUUUAGCUAUCAUUAAUUCCAUAGAAAGAGCUAUAUCAAAGAUGUCCAUAUAUAGAUAUAAUCAGAUAUAACUCUUUCUGAUUAUUAAAUUGUCAAAAUAGUACUUUAAUUAGAUGGAGCCCAAUCUUCCCUUUGUGUCUACAGAAGCCAAGUAGCACCUAAUUCUGCUGCAAAUGAGAACCAUCAGGGACACUUUUAACAAAGCCUUGCAUUUUAAAAUCACUCCACUUUCAGGUUAUAAUUUCAUUCAGUGUGAGAUGAGCCUAGUUUUCUAAGUACUCCUGCUGAAUCUAAUGUACACGCAGGGGAAGCAGCCUUAUUUGGUCCAGGAUGGGAUCCAUAACCCUGCCUCCUUGCUUGCUGGCUGUGAGCUUUCCCUGGCUCAUAGCUAUCUCCAAAAAACAAAAAAACAAAAACAAAAACAAAAAAAGUCCACCUCAUCCCUGGCAAGUAACUGUUCUAAAACCAUGCUGUCUCCUGUGCAGGCCAUGCCCUGUGCUGAAACUGUGUUCCUUUCUAUGAAUGUAAGUUAGAUAUUCUAUGGCAUUUCUGGAGCGUGAUUCCUGCUAAUCUAAGAACAGGAAGAGUAACGCCUUCUAACUCCAAGCGGGAAGCACGAGUAACCUUCUGAAGAACCAUACACAGACGUUGCCUUUCAUUUGAAUUGCCGAGAUGAUGAUCUGGGUGAUAAAACAAUUACAGAGUAUAUCUUUAUUUAGCUUCCCACACCACAUGCAUGCAUAUCAGUUCUUUAAAUGAGCCAGACUUUUCAUAAAGCUGAACUGCAUGGCACCAUAUAUUGGGUUUCAUUCUUCCAUUUCCCAAAGAAUGCAAUUUCAACUCCAUAGACCUACAUAUAAGCAAAAAUCACCUUCCCAUGCUUGCUACCUCGCAGUUCCUGUGAGUGAUAUAUUCCAGUGAUUUCUACACCUUUGAAAAUAUUCUAGACCUAGGCUUCUCCUACCCCUGGGUACCAAUAUCUCCCUACCUUCAGUGCUGAGUGAAGAAAACAUAGAUCACAGGUCCGAUGGGUCAGGUCAAAGCAACUUAUGUGUGUAUAUAAGACUGGCCAACAACAACAACAAAAAGCAUCCGUUGUAGACUUGGUCCAAUGUGACUUUGGUGACGCUCAAAAAAAAAUGCAGAAAGACAUAAUGAAUAAAAUAUAUCAACCAGAACAAAGUUCUUGAUUUGCAAAUAAAUUGGGUAUAGUAAGUACAUCUUUUUCAGGAAAUGGGUUGUUUCAUGUUUAUUGGUUCUUUGAGAAUUGUAUACAAAGAGUUUUAUAACCAUAUGCACCCACUCCCCCAACUUCUCCCAGAUUCACCCUCCUUCCCUAUCCACCCAAUUGUGUCCUCUCUUUUUCCCUCACAUCCAUCAGUGGCAAACACUCUUAAAGAAAACUUCCUCUCCCAGCAGCUAUCAAUUGCCAAUAGUUCUUGGCUCCCCUCUCCUCUCCAUGCUGGGAUUUGGUGUGGCUUGAGCUUUCACGGGGCUUGUCAGAACUGCUGUGAGUUCAUGUAUGCAGCUGUCCGGUUGUGUCUAGAGGAUUCCGCUUCCAUGUAUUCGUUCACUGCCUCUGUCUCUCACAGUCUCUCCGGUCCCUCUUCCAAUGAUCACUGAGCCUUGGGAGGAGAGGGGGAAGGAUAGACCCUCCAUUUAGGGCUGAGGAUUCUGCAGGCUCUUAUUCUCUGCGCCAUGGCUGGUUAGGCGUCUCAGUGGUGAUCAUCAUCUACUGCAAAUAGACACUGCUCUGAUGAGGGCUGAGAGCUAUUCUAAUCUAUAGAUAAAACAGUAAGUCACUAAGGGUCAGUAUGGGAAUUCUAUAACAUGAUUUGGAAGCUGUUAGUCCUAUAUUAAUGAUAAUUGAUUGUAAUCUUAAAUAAAAAAUUAGAAAAUAAUUUUAUGAAGUCAUUAACAAGUAUGCUUAAUGUUAUGAAGAAAACAAAAUGAGCUAGGUAUUCUUAAAGAUUCUGUUGACUUAUUUCCUACUUUACCCUACCUAAUAAUUUUUGUGAAUACAUUCGAUUCUAGCCUUAGUGCUUGUUCACGUGUUCUCAGAGGCUCAUUUAAGGACAGAUGAUGCCAGGGAAUUCUAAAGCACAUGCGUGGCUAGCCCUGCUGGAAGCUAAGGCAGUCUCCUGUAUUUUAAUUACAAAUGUUAAUUUAAAUUAAAAAAGAAAAUUUGA